AAGCUCGUCUUCAGUAGCGCCACCUGCCAGCUAAAGUCUUUAGGAAAGGGUAACUGGAGUCUGGAACAUGUCGUUCUACAGCAGCUGAAAAGCCAAACGAUUGUCUUCCUACUUUACCAGGCUGGAACCCGUUGUAGAGGGUUUCCGGGCGGGACCGAAUUUUCUGGUGCACAGGAUGCAGCGCUCUGUGCUCCUUUUGUCCCGGUUAUAUACCCGGAGAUCUCUGUGGCCCCAAUGGGGAGCUCCUCUUGUGUCACCGUCGCAACUCCCCCGCCCCCCAGGUCUCCCAAGCCCAAACCGGGGGUACAGCAGCAACAGCGGCACCGAGAGUCGGAAAGUGGUAGUAGUUGGGCUGCCUAACCCGGUGAUCUGGGUUCGGAGCAGGAUCUAUUUCUUCCUUAUCAGAGCCUACUUCGACCGGGAGUUUAACAUUGAGGAGUUCACGGAUGGGGCCAAGCAGGCUUUUACAUUGGUUUCCAAGUUGCUGUCUCAAUGUAAAUUUGACGCCUUGCAGAAUCUCAUAAGCAGUGAGCUCCUACAAGAUAUCAAGGAAAAAUGUUCUUCACUUUCUGACAACCACAGAAAUGCUUUGGCAGCACAUUCAGAUGAAAUCAUGUAUACAACCACAGGCGACGUUGCUAUUUAUUAUGAUAAUAAUGGAAAAAAGUUUGUUAGCAUCCUGAUGCGCUUUUGGUACCUGACUUGUGCUGAGCUCCCAGAUGAAAGCUUGGAAGGAACAAAAGUUUUUCAGUUUAUCAUGGGAGAUGAGACGACGAAGAACACAAAACGCCUUCUCACUGCAAACUAUGAGUAAGGACACAAUUGGUUUCGCAGGGAAUUCACUCAGGGAGUUAAACCAGACUGGAUCAUCACUCGUAUUGAGCACUCAAAACUCUUAGAUUAGAAAGACCUGAGCCUGGAGGCUGAAGAAAUGUAUCGUGUCAUAUUCUUGAGUUUUUAUUGAUUAUACCUAUUCAAACUGCCAAAUACAUUUAAUUUCCUUGUGAAUAUUGGGACUCAAUAGGAAAUACUCACGAGAAUGGCAAGUCACUGCCUUCUAUAGAAAACAACUACCGGUAGGUUCAUUAGUUACAUUAGUUUAAGUGCUGGUUUACUGGUUUUCACAGGUGCUCAGAUUGUUCCCAGAGAAUAUUUGAGGGUGGCAGCUAAUGCAGCAUGGAUAUAAAAUUGCCAGUGCUAUGGAAACUCUCUUUUGGAUUUUGUUUUUUAACCUGUUCAUCUAAGGUCUAAUGUAAUUACAGAAAAUAUUGUAAUGUAGCUAAGCAUUGCUUUGAGCUUUGUAAGAAAUCUGAACAUCGCUAAAUGCAAUUAUAAACCAUACAGUAGAAUAUUAAAUAUAUUGUAAAAAGAAUAGAAUUAUGAAUUGGAAUAAAACAUGCUUUCUCUA